UCCGCAGCAUGCUAAAAGUCACUUCAACUCUUCGCAGGUCGAGCCAAGGGCGCCCAGCGGCCGUUAUCACCGUCUUUACUCUCUUGGUUAUUACCGGAGGCUUCUGGACAAAUCUUUAUGGAUCAUAUACUGCUAAUUUGACUCUCAAAGCGUUCACCGAAUCUAUUACGGUUGAGCAUGCCAGACCUGUAUACCAUUCGUCGGGGAAUUUGGGAGGUCUAGGGAAUUCGCAGCACAAGGCAGCGGGAAAAAAUAAUAUCGAGGCUGAAGCAGAUGAUCUGCCCAUGCACGAAUAUCUCUCGAACGGGCUGCUCCAAGUAAAUGCAGAGGGACCGCAUCCUAUCUACCAACUCAUUGAAUUUUCGGAGAACAAGUGGGAAGCCAAGCUGCAGCGAGCGAGUAAGACUCUCAACGAGGCAGUGAUCGAAUAUGAGCGUCGGUAUAAAAGAGCUCCCCCUCGUGGAUUCGAUAAAUGGUGGGAAUAUGUUGAGAAGCACAAUAUUCAGCUUCCAGACGAGUAUGACCAGAUAUACCGAGACCUCGAGCCUUAUUGGAGCGUCAGCCCAGUCGAUCUAAAUAGGAUCGUCAGCGAAUGGGAGGGUCACGAAGACUCGUUUACUCUUGGUAAAGAGGAAGGACAUCCUGUUGGAAUUGUCAACUACGCCAUCCGCGACCCCAGUACCCACGAUCACGUCUUUAGUGGUGCCGGCAUGCUUAGUGAACUGCUCAAAGAUGUCGAUGAAUCCCUACCACCCUUUCGUGCCGUUUUCCAUCCGCAUGACAACCCAGAACACGUCACCGACUGGGAACUGCGGGAGAAGGCCCUCGAACACGCUCGCGCAGGGACUUAUAUCGACGUCGACAAUCCUGUUGUUCCUGUCAAACAUCACGGAUGGAUCUCAGGCUGCGACCCAACUUCGCCCGCCUGGAAAGAUUCCAUUGACUUCACCUUCAAUGCAUCCUGGCCACCACCGCCGCCCGAUGCUCCCAAAACGUUCAUCUUCGACCACCGAAAAGCGAUGGACCCCUGCCUACACCCGCACCUCCUUCGCGAGCACGGACAGUUUCUCCCCUGGGGAAAGGGACCCAUUCCCUCCCACCGCAUGAUCCCGUCCUUCGCCUACUCCCAAACCUUACUGCAUCACGACAUCACCAUCGCACACACAGUCAGUUGGCUGGGCGAGCUCUCUGACAAGGAUGACAUCGUAUGGGAGAAAAAGACCGAUGAUCGACUGCAGUGGCGGGGCCGUACGACGGGGAUCCUCCACGUUCGGGACUCGGAGUGGCCACUCUCGCAUCGGAUGCGGAUGAUGGAUUGGGUGGAGAAGGGCAAGGGCGAUAAUGUGACGAUUUUGGCGCCGCCGCGUUCGAGGGGGGAACGAGUGGGGAGGGGUGAGGUGGUCCAGAAGGCGAGGUAUGCGCCGGCGAUGCUUGAUAUGGCGUUCUCGGGCGAUCCUGUGCAGUGUGAUCCUGAUGUUUGCGAGGUCCUGGCUAAGUUGUAUGACUUUACGAAAGGGCGGUCGCAGACGGAGCAGGCAAGGUACAAGUAUAUAUUUGAUGUUGACGGCAACGCAUGGUCCGGGCGUUUAAAGUGGCUCAUGUCCUCUCACGCACUCAUCUUCAAGUCGACUAUCUAUCCCGAAUGGUUCACAGAUAGGGUUAUGCCCUGGGUGCACUACAUCCCCAUACAAGUAGACUACUCGGAUCUGUGGGACACCAUCGUGUUCUUUCAUGGCGAUCUGAAAGGGGACAACAACCAUGAAGAUCUUGCGAGAAAGAUUGCUUCAGCGGGCCGGGAUUGGAGUCAUACUUUCUGGAGGGAGGAGGAUAUGACGGCGUAUAAUUAUAGAGUGUUCCUAGAGUAUGCCAGAAUUAUGAGCACGGAUCGCGUCGCAAUGAGUUAUAACCAUUGGGAAAAGUCAGAGUAGAGACGGUUUUUCCGUCCAGAAAGGAAAGCGGAAGUUAGUUAGUAGAAGACGAUGAAUGCGGAGAGCACUUGGUCUUGCAACUUGAAGCUUCCGAAAUGGAGUUUUUGCGUCGGACUAGUUGUAUUUUACUGAUGUUAAUAUAAUAGUGAACUAUUAGACCUACACACUCACUGCAGCCAUGGUGUUCUCACAUUACUCUGCUCCAGGAUAAUU